CCCGGAGCGGGCAGGGGACGGGCUCGCGCGCCUGAGCGGAACCGGCGCUGGCCCUGUCCGCGCCGCGAGAUUAACGGGCGCCAGAGGUGGCAAGCGCAAGGUUAAUGUGUCGCUCAGCUCCUUUUCGUGGCCGUUCCGCCUCUCCUCGCUCCCUCUUCCUCCCGCUCUGCCCGGGCCCAGGUUUCCCCCUCGCCCUUCCCUCGACGUCACGCGUUCCCCGACGAGGCACCAGGAGCUCGGAAGAUUCGGGCUAAGCCGCGUUGAUAAAAGGUCCGAAACCUUUACAGAGUUUGAGUCGUACCCUUAGCUCCCCCACGCGCGAAGAGACCGUAUCUGGGGCGGUGCGAGCGCCACGGGGAAGGUCGGACGGUCAGAGUUCCAGAGCUGGAGCGACUCGCCGAGGUGGGCGGUUCGGACGAGCAUACGAACCGUCGGCGCCGGGGCAGGUGCAGGGCCGAAGACACAGCGGGGAAACUCCCUUCCCCGCGACAUCCAUUCAGCCAACACACCUAAAGUGAGCAACUGAGUCCCAGGCCAGGCCCCUGCCCUCCCGAGCUCGCUGUCUACCCGGGGAAACACCUAACACGAUGAGCACGAUUUGAGUGGUUUGGGACAUGAAAAUGCGAAACAGCGUCGUGAUGGGGAGGGAAGGCGGACCGCGCGCGUUACACAGGCCAGCCAGAAGCAGCAGACGUUUGAGCCGGGAUCUGAGUGAAGAGACAAACAGGCCGGCCGAACGAGGGUGGGACGAGGGCGGUGGCCAGGCACCCUCGGCUUCCACUCAGAGCCGCGCGCCGCGAACCCUGAGGGGUUAAGCAGUCCUCCGGCUGGGAAGUAGUUCCGGCCGGCGCUCAGCCCCGCCCCUGCAGGGCGGAGGGACUCAUCACGCAGGGGUGGGGAAGCCGGAUCCGUGCGCAGGGUUGCUAAGGGUGAAACUUUUCAUUGACUUUGCUCACUUCGGGCCGGGGCGCGGGAAGGUGCAGUCGGUCGGCGGAGAGAAGCGAGUGGCUCGGGCGACGCGGGGCCAGAAGGGCAAGACCGUCCGCCGGCCACAGCCGGGACCGUCUUCCGCUCCGCGACACGAGCCACCCUCCGGUCCUCCAUCCCCGCGCUGUCGCCGCCGGCCGGCUUGCCCGCCCUCUGUCCCCCGCCGCUGAGCCCGACCUCCAAAAAGCUGAAAGAAUUAUUAUUGAGAGUCAUAGCCCAUAUCCCCCUCACUCGCUCCCCCAUCCUCAACGAAGAAAAGGACACAUCGGCUCCCGGGAAGGGAGAGCGACCUCCACCCCGCGCCCAGGACCACCCUGGAGGAAGAAGCCGCCCCGCGGCCGGCACACCGCCCCGCCGCCGCGGAGACCCGAGUUCCACCCCACAGCCAUCUGGCCUGGCCUGUUCUCCAGUUGAAGAAGCGAAGGUGGCAUUAUCUACUUCUGAUUUGUGUAGCAGCAUCACUGAGCGUUGUCUGGAGCCCAAGGCUACCCACCUUACAUUUCCUACCACUGUCCUUGGCUUGUGCACGUGCCUGUGCUGAUUCUCUGCCUAAGAAAGGACGAUGCAGCUGGAGAUCAAGGUGGCCCUGAACUUCAUCAUCUCCUACCUGUACAACAAGCUGCCCCGGCGCCGGGCAGACCUGUUUGGUGAGGAGCUAGAGCGACUCUUGAAAAAGAAAUACGAAGGCCACUGGUACCCUGACAAGCCACUGAAGGGCUCUGGCUUCCGCUGUGUCCACAUCGGGGAGAUAGUGGACCCCGUGGUGGAGCUGGCCGCCAAGCGGAGUGGGCUGGCGGUGGAGGAUGUGCGGGCCAACGUGCCCGAGGAGCUGAGCGUCUGGAUCGACCCUUUCGAGGUGUCCUACCAGAUUGGUGAGAAGGGGGCUGUGAAAGUGCUCUACCUGGAUGACAGCGAGGGCUGCGUUGCCCCAGAGCUGGACAAGGAGAUCAAGAGCAGCUUCAAUCCUGACGCGCAGGUGUUCGUGCCCAUCGGCAGCCAGGACAGCUCUCUCUCCAACUCCCCGUCACCGUCCUUCGGCCAGUCGCCCAGCCCCACCUUCAUGCCCCGCUCCGCUCAGCCCAUCACUUUUACCACCGCCUCCUUCGCAGCCACCAAGUUUGGCUCCACCAAGAUGAAGAAGGGGGGCGGGGCAGCGGGUGGGGGUGGGGGGCCCGGGAGCGGGGCAAGCGGCCAGCAGAUCCCCCAGCAGCAGCCCCGCAUGGCCCGCUCUCCUACCAACAGCCUGCUGAAGCAGAAGAGCCUCUCUCUGUCUCUGCAUUCACUGAACUUCAUCGCCACCAACCCAGCCCCUCAGUCCCAGCUCUCACCCAAUGCCAAGGAAUUCGUGUACAACGGCGGUGGCUCUCCCAGCCUCUUCUGUGAUGGGGCCGAUGGCCAGGGCAGUGGCACCCCGGCCCCCUUCGGGGGCGGUGGGGCUGGCACCUGCAACAGCAGCAGCUUCGACAUGGCCCAGGUAUUUGGAGGUGGCGCCAACAGCCUCUUCCUGGAGAAGGCGCCCUUCGUGGAAGGCCUCAGCUACAACCUGAACACCAUGCAGUAUCCCAGCCAGCCGUUUCAGCCCGUCGUGCUGGCCAAUUGACCGCCCACCUGCCUGUGGGGCCAGGAGCACCUGAGACUGCAGAAAAGAGAAAGGAAAGGAAAGGCCACAAAAAAGAGGAAAAGAGAAAUACACAAAAAGAUUUCCAAUCUUCUCACUCUAACUUCUAGAAACAAGAUCCAGCCUAGGCAUGGAGGGGGAGGGGCUCCUGAAGCGCCGAAUCCUGUUUAGCUCAGCCCCCCUGCUGUUCUCCCGCCUGCCCCUGAUUUAGUUGGUUGGUUUGGGUUUUAUAUUUUUUUCUUUUUUUCUUUUUUACAUGUAGUUUUCUAUAUAACAUCUUUAAUUAGUGGCUUCCUGUGCUAAGAAUGGUCCAGAUGUGAAUUGCUGCUCCCUCCCUCCCUCCCUCCCUCCCUCCCUCGCACGCGUGGCUUAGGGUUGGUGUGUCCCAACUCACAGGGAAGGAAGAACCGCGGCUGGGGCCUGGCCCUCCUCAGAAUAGGGAGAGACUGCCCCGUGUCACUGCCUUCAUCACCCAGCUGUCCUCUCACUCAAAGCCAUCCAACCUCAGCAGGCCUUCUCGGGCCCUGCCCCCCAGAUAGGUCUGACUCCAGCCCCUGCUUUGUCUCAGGCCUGGGCCCUAGGGAGCUGCCAGCUGGCCACAUGCCACCCUCCCCCUAGAGCUGAAGUCUGUGACUCCAAGGAGGUUAGCACUCUGUCUGGUGUCCCUUUCAUCUCUGUCUUGUGGCCCCAUGCCACCAUUCCCACCUGGCCCAGACCAUCACCGAGGCCCUGGAGACCCAGCCAUUGGCACAUGUGGCCUCUCUCAUGUAGCCCCUUCUUUCCUGGGCCUGAGUUCGUGGGUAGGGAGGUGGGGUGAGUGCAGGUGUGCGUGUGCAUGCGUGCGUGCGUGCGUGAUUUGCUCUCCUGUUUUAAAGGAUCCCGAGCCAUGUGAAACUUCCCCUCUGGAUGUGAUUCCGGGUUGCAGCAAGUGUUUAUUUAUGUGUGAGGGUGGGGAAUGCACUGGGGGUGGGUUGUCAGUCCUUCUGUGGGUGCUUCACGUGGUGGCGCCAGACUGUGGCUGAGCCUGACGCUCCCAGAGGAGAGUACUGCACAAGGAACUGGUUUCCAGACUGCGGAGGGAUCUGCACUUUUGUUUGUUUUCGACCAAAAAAAAAAAAAUGUUAGCAGUGAGGGGCUGAGGGUAUAGGCAGCCUCUGAUACCUAAGAGAAGUCCCUGGACUCGGCCCUCCUAUUGUGUGACCUU